CAGCGUCAUAGGAGGGGAGGAGGAGGCGGAGGCCGCGAUGGAGAGUGCGAGUCAGGAUAUCAACCUUAACUCUCCCAACAAAGGUCUGGGGGUCAGCACCAUGACCGACGUCCCCGUGGACAGCACCUCAGCCAGAGCCUCUGCACCCGAGGGGCUGAGCCCGGCCGAGGAGGAGGAGCUGAGGGCUGAGCUGGCCAAGGUUGAAGAGGAGAUCGGCACUCUCAGGCAGGUCCUGGCUGCUAAGGAGAGGCACUGUGGGGAGCUAAAGAGGAAGCUGGGGUUGACUCCCCUGGAUGGGCUGAAGCAAAACCUGUCUAAAAGCUGGCACGAUGUCCAAGUCUCCAAUGCUUAUGUGAAAACAUCUGAGAAACUUGGAGAGUGGAAUGACAAAGUGACACAGUCUGACUUAUACCUUUCAGCCAGCAGCACACUGGAGGACUGGAAUGAGAAAUUAACUCAAUCAGAAGCUUACAAGAAGACCCAGGAAACCCUUUCCCAGGCAGGCCAGAAGACCUCAGCAGCCCUGUCCAACGUAGGCUCUGUUAUCAGCAGGAAGCUUGGCGACAUGAGGAAUUCUGCAACCUUCAAGUCAUUUGAAGACAGAGUUGGGACCAUAAAGUCCAGAAUGGUUGGCAGCAGGGAGAACAGCACCGAUGGCCUCCACUCCCCAUCAGGACCUGGGGACCAACCUCCCCAAGACAACGCUCCCUUCUAGACCCAUGAUGUGGCUUUGCUCCCAGCCAGCUCCUUCCCAACCCUUCCCAAGAGCCGCAACACACGCGAAGGAGCUGAGCACCAGCUUGGAGAGCUCCAUCAUUCAUAGACACUGCUGGAUCCGAGGCCAGUCAAGAGAACACCAAGUUUUGUACUCAAAUAAGACUUUACACUAAGGUUUGUAGGUGAAAUGUGCCCCUGAUCUCCUUUUGGGAGAGCCUGGACGAUGCAGUUUCCAUAGAGUAGCUCAGAGAUGCCGCUUGGCUUAGAGCAAACCAGUGUUCCCCAUGUCUGAUGCCACUUGCAGUGUGAGGAGGGCAGUUACUGGAGAAGCCAAGUGCAUGGGUAGCUUAGCUUCAGCUCCUGGUUGUGUCCUAUGUGCAGGGCACAUCACACAGCUCCUCAGAGCUCCCAGGCUUCUCCUGUUACUGCUUGUUCUGCUCUCAUUGGAGUAGUGUGAUAAAUGGGGUCACCAGUUGGGUUCUUUCUGGGCUCCCAUAAGGGAAACUCCCCAUAGCAGCUGCCUCAUUGUUACACUAAUGCUCGAGCUUUAGGGAAACUCAAACCCUUGAUUUUUAAAUGCAACAAGAAAUAAAGCUUAAAAGGAAUAAGAAAACCAAACCAGCUCCAUCAGAAGCUUUGGCAUCGUGUUAGGGACCCGCUCCCUUGGCCUCAGACUGCCUCGCAAGCCUUACAUCACCACCUGCUUUACUCAUUCACGGUUUUAUUUCUAUAGAGAAGACUGCAAGGGGAAUAAAGCUGGAUGUUGAGCCCUGGAGUUUCACAUCCUACACUAGCAGCAUCCUUAGCAGCCAGUUCUUGUGUUACACACGUGGUGCUGAGUGUGUGAAACUUGCUUCUCCCUUCUCAGCCGAUGCCUUUGCUCUUGGAGGAGGAAUUGCUGAAGGCUGCUGGUUCCAAAGGCUGUCUCCAGCACUAUGGAUGCUGUUGGAGGACUCUGCUCUCGGAGGCCUCCUCCUGGUACCUCCCAGCACGACGGGAUGGGUUUCUCAGUGGAAAGCCCCAGCUCUCAUCUCGGUUGACAGCACUGGCAGGGGGUGAUGGAGCUCAAGCAGCGCUGGGAUGUCUUGUGUUCACAUCCAGCUUCCUUGCUCAGGAGCUGAAAAACACCUGAGUGUUCUUCUAGAGGCCUGAUCUCAUUGUAGGCAAGGUGCCUCCAUGUAGAAAUACCUAGAGUGAGCAAUUCUGUGCCUUAGAGGCGAAGUGAGACUUACUCAGGUCUUUAGGCUUGUUGAUGUACAUAUCUGCUUAGUGGUAGUGGUUUAUCCCCCCGGAGGGACUGAGCCCCUCUGACCCCUUCGAGAAGCAAGUUUUGACACUUACCUACUGGUUUAUCUGUUCCCCCCCAUCCUCUGCAGCCCUGGGAUGCAGGAUGGAAGCCUGGGAGGUGGAUGUGCUGGUGGGAGGUGGAUUCAGUGCUGCUCCCAUGCGAGGAGCGGAGCUGGUGGAACUGGGACUGCUGGAUUUGGGUGUUGAACUGUUUCUCUUUCUAGAUAAAGACUGAGGAAACUUGUCAAUAAAGGAUUCCUUUGGGAGAAAACAG